AUGGACCGCUCCCUCUUCCACAGCCCGAAGACGCUGCUGGACCGGCUGCGCAACCGGAGCCCGCCGACGGUGGACGACCCCGCCCACGCCCACCACCUCGUCUACGCCUGCGGCUACAACGCCACGGGCCAGCUCGGCUGCGGCGACCGCGAGUCGCGCGUCGUGCCCUGGCGCGUGCGCACGAGCCGACUGGGCAAGGGCCGCGUCGACGGCGUCGCGUGCGGCAGCAGCUACAGCGUCGUCGUCGUCGCGGGCCAGGUCGCGUCCUGCGGCAAGAACGUCCACGGCCAGCUCGGCCACGGCGGGCGCGACGAGGAGACGGCGCCGCGGGUCGUCGAGGGCCUGCGGGGCGUGCGGGUCGUCGCCGUCGCCGCGCGCGGCGCGCACACGCUCGCGCUCGACGACCGGGGCCGCGUCUACAGCUGGGGCCGCGGCGACGAGGGCCAGCUCGGCCACGGCGCCUUCGAGGCCGUGCCCCACCCGCGGCGGAUUGCCCGAUUGCCGACGUCCGUCGUCGCCGUCGGCGCGGGCCGCACGCAUUCGCUCGCGUUGGACGCGGACGGCGCGGUCUACUCCUGGGGCUGCGGCGACGACGGCGCGCUGGGCCACGGCGACCGCCGGCGCCAGCUCGCGCCCAGGGCCGUCGAGUUCUUCAAGACGCGGCCCGCGGCGGCGGUCAGCUGCGGGUCGCGGCACAACGCCGUCGUGACGGCCGACGGCGCGCUCGUGACCUGGGGCUGGGCGGCCUACGGCCAGUGCGGCGCGUCCGCCGGCGGCGACGGCCUGCGGCCCGCGGAGGUCCCGCUGCCCGGCGACGGCGGCGCGGAGUGCGUCCUGGCGGCGUGCGGCUACCGCCACACGCUCUGCGCGACGCGGCACGCGUCCGGCGACGCGAUCUGGGCCUUCGGGUGGAACGCCUACGGCCAGUGCGGCGGGUCGACGUGCUCCGCGGCGGCGCCGCGCCGCGUCGGCGGGAAAUUUCUAGGAUCGCAGGAGGGGGGCGACGGCGCGGUCGUCGAGGCGCUGUCCGCGGGCGGCCGCCACUCCGUGUGCUGCGUGCGGCUCCCCGGCGGGGGCACGGCGACCUACGCCUGGGGCCGCGGCGACGACGGCCAGCUCGGGAGCGGGGAUCGGAGGGACCGGCGCGCGAACCCGCGCGUCGCGGCGACGGCCGCGCGCGUCAACUCCGUGGGGCAGCGGCCGCUGCGGGGCCUGGCGUGCGGCUGGGCGCACACGGUCUUCGUGGUCGACGCGCCGCCGUCGAGUCUGCUGGAGACGCCCCCCCGCGCGCUGCUGCCGCGGACGCCGCCGGCGCCCGGGCUCCGGGCGCCGCGCGCGGCGGCGUUCGCGCGCGUGGCCUUUAGCCGCGGCGACGUCGACGGCGUCUGCGGCCAGCUGUUGGGCACGGUGCUGUCCCUCGUCGUGAUCCAGAAGCGGACCGUCGCCGUGAGCGGCCUGUCGCCCGCGUUCGUGUCGGGCACGCUGCUGCCGGGCUGCGCGGUCGCGACGGCUGUCGGCAACGUCUUCUUCGCGCUCAUGGCGCUGGCCGUCGGGCCCAACGCGACGGCCCAGCCCCAGGGCGUGUCCGCCGUGCUGCUCGCCGUCAUCCUCUCCCAGGUCGUCGCGCCCGAGAAAGCGUCGCGCGGCGACGCGGUCUCUUCCUACGAGGCCGCGCUCUUCGUCGCGUCGCUCGUCGGGUUCCUCGAGCUGCUCAUGGCGCCCUUCGUGGCCCAACUGAAGGCCUCCGUGCCGUCGGCGGCGCUCCACGCGUCCGUCGCGGGCCAGGCGCUCGUCGGGCUCACGAUGGGCUUCGCGGGCGACGUCUUCGCGGCGCCCGCGGACGCGCUCGGGCCGCUGGUCGUGUGCUUCUGCUGCUACGGCGCCCAGGUGCGCCUCCCCUACAACGCGCCGGGCGGCGCCGGCGCCCUCGCGCUCGGCGCGCUGCUGGCGGCAGGGCAGGAAAAGAGAGCGAAAUUCCCAACUUCAAAGGCUCCGAUCUCGGCCGUUUUCCACUCGUUGGCGGCGCCGCUCGGCGCCGUCUUCGGCGGCGACGCCGGCGGCGGCCGCGCGGCGGGCCCCGUGCCCUGGGCGACGCUGGCCGUCGUGUCGCCGCCGUCGCUGGGCGGGUUGCCCCACCUGGCGCGGGCCUACGCGUCGAGGGAGUCGCUCAAGUACGCGCUGACGAACGUCUUCAACACGCUCGCGCAGGUCGAGGCCGCGAGGAACGUCGGCGACGCCUACUCGCCGACGCUCAGCGUCUGCUGCGACGCGCUGGCGACCGUGCUCGGCGCCGCGUGCGGCUGCCCGUUCCCGACCCAGGUCUUCGUGGGCCAGCCCGCGUUCAAGCAGAUGGGCGCGCGCCACGGCUACAUGCUCGGGUCGGGGUUCGUGGCGCUGGUCGUGGGCUGCUCGCCGCGGCUCAUGGUCUGGGUCACGGCGGCGUUCCCGCUGGCCGCCGGCGCCGGGUUUCUGUUCUGGAUCGGCCUCGCGGUGACGGCCUCCGCGUUCUCCCCGGCGUCGUCGGGCCUCCACAGCUCGCACUUCGCGUCCGCGGCGGCGACGGCCAUGGGCCUCGUGCCCGUCAUCGCCGCCUGGGGCACGCAGCUCGUGUCGUCGACGACGGCCGCCGCGGGCGCGGACGCGCGCCGGGUCUUCGGCGAUCUGCAACGGGCGGGCGUCGACGCGUCGGGGCUGGCCGCGCUGGCCCAGGGGUCCCUGCUCUCGUCCGUGUCGCUCGCGGCGACGCUGGCGUCCGUGCUGGACCGCCACUUCGGCGCCGCGGCGCUCUGGAGCUUACUGAACGCGGCGCUCGCGGGUCUCGGGUUCAUCCACGCGUACAGGAUCGACCACGCGGCCGUCGUCGCGGACGUCGGCGGCCUCGUCUUCCUGCGCAACUCCAAGGCGCUCCAGGCCGCCGUGGGCUACCUCCUCGCCGCGGCGAUCCUGCUCUGGUUCUCAGUGCGCGAGGACAUCGAGCUCCGGCCCGACGCGCUCCGCCGGCGCCUGCUCCGGGUCCGCGACUUCUGCCUACCGAGGCGGCGCCGGCACCGCGGCGCGGGCGACGAGCGGUCGCCCCUCGUCGCCCAGCUCCCGAAGCCGUCGGCCCAGUUCCUGCCCAUCCACGCCGCGCCGGAGCACGAAACCGCGCGCCCGCAAUCGCGCGACGCCGCCGCGUCGCUGUGAUCAUGCACACGUUGUUUUUAGUCGACGCCGUAGUCGCGGGCGCUGCGCCAGUAGGCGAGGACGUGGGCGAAGACGUCGUCGGGCACGCGCGGGUCGAGGAAGAGGCGCUGGUAGGUGCGGUCGGUCGACGGCGCCGCGCGGCCGCGGCCCCGGAGGCGCGGCAGGUCGCGGCGGAGCGCGAGCAGCGCCGCGCGCGGCGCGAAGGCGUAGGCCCGCCAGCCGCCGGCCGCGGCGACGGCGGCGAGGAGCGCCGCGGCGUCCGCGCUGGCGUAGCGCCGCGCGAUGCCCUCCGCGGUCUCGCCCUCGGAGCUUCGCGUCUCGGGCGCCGCGCCGUGCGUCAUGAGCAGCUCGCACAUCUUCGCGUCGUUCAGGCUCGCCGCGAGGUGCAGCGCCGUGAGCCCCACGGCCGUGCGGUCGCCGACGCGCGCGCCGGCCCCGAGCAGGAGCAGGGCCGCCUCGCGGCGCCGCCGCUUCGCCGCGCGGAUCAACGGCGUCUCCAAGAUCUGCGGCCGCCCGACGUGGACGUCCGCGCCGUGGCGGAGGAGCCAGCGCACGACCUUGCACCAGUUCCGCUCCGCGGCGUAGGACAGGCGCGUCUCGCCGUGCAGCACGAAGAUGUUGAAGACGCUGUGCUGGAGGGCGUCGAGGUCUUUGCCUUCGUGGUAGGAGCGCAUUGUCUCCUCUAAGAAGUCAGCUUCUCGCAGACGCUCCUCAACAUUCAACCAUCCAUCCAUGGCGUGACCAGUUCUACGCGUCGUCGAUCUUCUCCACGACGAACAUUGCGAUGCCUACUUGGCUGGCCGGGAGGACGAGGAGAGGGGAUGAGAGGCUCAGUUCUACGCGUCGUCCAUCUUCUCCACGACGAACAAUGCCAUGCCGACUUGG